AUGUUUAUGGUCGUGGAAGUGAUCUUUCAUUAUAGAGUCCUUAAACACCCAAAUGAAUGUACUAUGAUGACUAGAAAUGUUCCUUCGCAGUUCAAUAAUUGGAAUUCUAUUUUGCUUACUCUUUUAGCAUGCUCAAUACUNAUAUUCAUAAGAUCUAUAUUCAGAUUAAUUGAAUAUAUCCAAGGAAAUGAUGGGUAUCUUAUUUCGCAUGAAGCAUUUCUUUAUGGUUUUGAUGCAGCGCUCAUGUUUUUGAGCAUGAUACUAUUCAUGUCGCAAAACGUUGGAACGUACUAUGUUGCAUUUAGAAAGUUCAAACACAAUACAACAAAUAGUGUUUACAGUUCAGGAUCCGCAUCGGAUAAAGAAGCGUUUAUUAGAAGGGACAUCCUUUAG